CAAGCACAUUUUAUAGACUCAGUUAUGACUUUAGUUUACCUAGCGAAUUGGCGAAUUUUUGCAAAAUUAAAUAUGGUUUGGAGUAAUUGUUGUUCUACAUUGAAAUUGAUGUCUUGGAGGUUUUUUGUUUAUUUAUUUAAGACACACGAACCUUGAAAGUUAGGUAUUCAAUUUUUAAAGUUUUUACAGGUUAAUGAUCUUUAUUCCAGUUAAGAUAACUAAGAAGAAUAUUAAUCCUUUUUUUAAACAAUAUUAUUUUGUCUAAAACAAAAAAUUUGGAGUCAUUUUUAGGAAUUUCUAAGUAGUUAAUUUUGCGCAAAUAUUUUUUUUCGGGGAUAAGGUCGUUUGUUAUUUAUGUGGCUUAGUUUUUAAAACGAUUUCUUUAUUAAAUAUUUCAAGACAAAGAUAUCUUGUGAUCUAAUUUAAGGCAUAACUACCAUGUUAUCUGCUUCAUACUUGUUUCUAUUUACUUUUCUCUUACUAUUUCUAAGAAAAUUCAAACAUUCCCACAUCUGUUUUCUCCAGUGACCUCGGCUAACGAAUUUCGUAGUACGGUGGGUUCUAUAAAACGCAUAACACCCAAGUUGCGAGGGUUAGUACCUAUUAAGCUCGCUCGCAAAAUCUAAUAAUGCGUUGCAGGAUUAUAGUGCUUUGUGCCUUAAUUUGCCUGUUCGUUAUUUUGACCGAAGCUAGACAGAAGAAAGUGAAUCGUGCGGCAUCCAGAUCCUUGGCAGCCAGAAAUGGAAACAAAAAUCAGCGAAGUAAUGUGCGUCAACGAAAUGGAAAUAAACUAUCUGCCAGAUCGAAGAAUCCUAAGAAACGUAGACUAAAUGCGGGCAAGAAGAACAAGAAAAGUCGUAAUUUGGCCAAGAAAAAUAAAAGGAAAAGUAAUUCGGACAAUCAAAAAGCGAAGGUCAAGUCAAGUUCUACCAGUAGUUCCAGUUUAGCUACUCUACCACUGGAUUUCCAACAGAAUUUCGUACGAACCACGGACAAUUUGCGAUCGGAGAAGGCAUUUUUGGCCAGACGUUAUGGUUUUAGUUUUGCCAAAACUUCUGGAUCCGCAAGACUCAAAAACACGGCAAAUAUGGAGUAUACCUGCAAACUAAACAUUGGCACACCGAAGCAAAAGUUCACAAUGCUUCCGGAUACUGGUAGUUCCAAUCUUUGGGUCACAGGACCGAACUGCAAGAGCAAGGCCUGCCGGAAACAUAAGCGUUAUCGUCCUAAAAAAUCGAGCACCUAUAUAAAAGACGGCGAGGAAUUCGACAUUGCUUAUGAUACCGGUGCUCUGGCAGGAUUUCUGGCCAUUGACACUGUGAGUAUGGCUGGACUGGCAGUCACCAAUCAGACCUUCGCGAUGAGCACAAAGGAACCGGGAAGUACCUUUACAACGGCCAAUUUUGAUGGUAUACUGGGUAUGGGUUAUACGUCCAUAUCAGUGGAUGGUGUCACGCCCCUGGUGCAGAACAUGUGCGCGCAGGAUGUGAUCAGCCCUUGUAGGUUUGCCAUUUGCAUGAAGGGCGGUGGCAGCUCCGCCCGAGGUGGUGCCAUAUUCUUCGGUAACUCCAGUACCAGCGCUUUUAGUGGAUCGAACAGCUAUACCUACACUCCGGUCACCCAAAAGGGUUACUGGCAGUUUACGCUGCAGGCUGUCUACGUGGGCAGCACCAAAGUGAGUGGUUCGGUGCAGGCCAUUGUGGAUUCCGGAACAUCCCUCAUGACUGCCCCAACGGCCAUCUACAAAAAGAUUAACAAGAUCCUCGGUUGCAAAGAGACCUCAAGCGGAGAGUGUUGGAUGAAGUGCUCGACGGAUGUACCCGACGUCACCAUUGUCAUUGGAAACACAGAGUUCGUCCUUAAGGGUAAAAAGAUGAUGAUGAAAGUGAAAACCUACAAGGGUAAGACCGUUUGCAUAUCGGUGGUAACCGAAGCUCCGGACGAACCUAUGAUCCUGGGCGAUGCCUUUAUCAGGCAUUUCUGCACCGUCUUCGACUUGGCCAAUAAUCGAAUUGGAUUCGCUGCCACUACCUAUAAGACUUAG